UUGCAGUAAGUUUCUGCCACUUGGAGCUGAAGUAGACACACACACACACAGCUCGCACUUUGCAAUCCUCCUCAAACAGCCGCACAGAUUCCACCAUGAGUUCCUCAGCAGCUACAGCCCGGCCUCUCCGGCUCGCAGCACUCUGUGCCCGGAUACCACCUGCAGGACGAGCCGGUCCAGAAGGCCCAGACCUUCGACUCAGAAGAAACCUGAACCUCCAGGCAGCGUCAGAAGCAGGGAAGCUGAAGAGCAUUGAUGACCUGCCCGGGCCCAGUUUAUCCACCACUUUAUACUGGUUAUUCAUCAAAGGAUAUGCGGACAGAAGCCACCUACUGCAGGAUGUACAGAAGAGUCUGUACGGACCCAUCUGGCGCUCCAGGUUUGGUCCAUUCGACAUCGUCAACGUGGCGACUCCAGAGCUCAUAGCUCAGGUGAUCCAACAGGAGGGUCGCCAUCCGGUCCGGGCUGAGCUGCCUCACUGGAAGGAGUACCGGGACCUGAGGGGACAGGCCUAUGGUCUGCAUGUGGAUACAGGACAGGAGUGGUACAGAAUCCGCAGCGCUCUAAACCCCAAGAUGCUGAAGCUCCGGGAGGUGUCGGCCUACGCCCCCAUCAUCCACCAGGUGGUUGGAGAUCUACUGCAGCGGAUUGAGCUCCUCCGGUGUCGCAGUCAGGAUCAGACCACUGUCUCAGAUAUAGCUACUGAGCUCUACAAGUUCGGCUUUGAAGGAAUCUCCUCCAUCUUGUUUGAGACCAGGUUGGGCUGCCUGCAGGAGGAGAUCCCAAAGGACACACUGCGCUUCAUCAGCGCCGUCAGUGACAUGCUGAGUCUGUCUGAGACCGUAGUCCUCUUCCCCCGCUGGAGCCGCAGCGUCCUCCCCUUCUGGAGGCGUUUCGUCCAGGCCUGGGACGACCUCUAUGACGUAGCUCAGACCCUCAUCAACAGAAGAGUGGCUGAAAUUAAAACUCAGGUGUGCAGCAGUCAGCAGACAGAGGGAAUGUACCUGACCUACCUGCUGUCCUCUGACAAGCUGACUACAGCCGAGGUCUACAUCAGCAUCACUGAGCUGCUGCUGGGAGGGGUCGACACGACCUCUAACACCCUGUCCUGGACGCUGUACCGUCUGGCGAGGGACCAGGCGGCUCAGGCUCGACUGCACAGCGAGGUGAACUCAGUGUGUCCGGACAGACGGGAGCCGACCACAGAUGACCUGAGCAGGAUGCCCUACCUGAAAGCUGUCAUCAAAGAGACGUUACGCCUUUAUCCUGUGGUCCCUGGAAAUGGACGCUUUAUCUCAGAAAACGAGGUGGUUGUGGACAACUACUGGUUCCCAAAGAGGACUCAGUUCCACUUGUGUCACUACGCAGCCAGUCACAAUGAGGCAGAGUUUGUGGACUCAGAGCUCUUCGUCCCUGAGCGCUGGCUUCGUGCCGAGGUGCCCGGCGGUGUCUGUGGCAGGGGGGCCGCGAAGGCCGGCUCCUACCAGCAUCACCCCUACAGCUUCAUUCCCUUCGGUGUGGGGGUGCGAGCCUGUGUGGGGAAGAGGGUGGCAGAGAUGGAGAUGUACUUUGCUCUGUCCAGGCUAAUGCAGCACUAUGAGGUCCAGCCUGAAGAUGGUGCCCCGGUCGUGGAGCCUAAAACAAGAACUCUGCUCAUCCCUGGAAAGCCUAUCAACCUGCGCUUCCUGCCCCGAGCCUGAUGAGGGCCAACAACACUGGGUUAAUGAUAAAAAGAAGGUAUGAAAACAAAAUGUAGCACCCAGAAACUCCAUAACCUGUAACAAGUUUAAUCCUGCUUCUCUUAAAAAGACUUUCUCUCCUCUUCUAAUGCUCCAAGGAAGAAAGAACUGGAGUCUUCAGUCUGUAUUUUCAUCCUCUCAGGGCACUGAACUUAAGAUGCUUACUGUCAGUGUUAUCCUUCAAACAUUACAGACGCUUUGUUUCCAACUUCUGUGAAAGUCUUCUCCCUUCUGCACCAUAACACCAGAAACCACGUCUGUGUGGAGGUUGUUUCCUGUGUGUGUUUUCCUGUUCUCUGCUGCCUCCCUCUGACAACAAGCUUGAAGAACAGCCUGUGAGGAUAAUCAUUAAUCUUUUACUGACUCUUCAUUCUGAGAUUAAGUUAACUCUUAACUCUUUACACAAAGUCAGAUUUAAAGAGGUUGGGAUCAGGCAGAAAAUGAAGUCUGAACAUGAGGCAGUAGGUGAGGAUAUGAGCUCUUCUGUUUGCUUCACAUUACACUGCUUACACAGCUACAGCUAGAUAAAUAUUGAAGAUAUACAUUGCUUGACUUUGCACAAGCUUUUUUAUAUGUGAUGCAUUUUAUAAAUGUAUGCAGGAUUCUAGCAGUUCCUGUGAUUGUACCUCUACUUUAUAUUCUGAUGUUUUUAGUUUGUAAACAAUGUAAAUAUAGUUCUUUUAAAAUGUGAUGGAGCUCUUAAUGCGAGAAAACUGUUUCAAAUGUAACCCACUAAUAAAAUGUAUAUUUUCAGUGUU